UCGACUAACGAGGUAAUUCUUUCUUCUUCUUCUUCUUCUGAGUCGGCCGCUUCAUUGCUGAAGGUCGUGUCUAAUUUGAAAUGUUGACCACUCGAUACACAAGACGUGGGGAAGCGUCUUCAUGUCGUCGGCAGUCUUUAAGGCUUCGGUUAUUGGCAAGCCGGUGAAGAUAAUUAUUAUAUCAGAUCAGCGUGUAGGUGAGCGUCCGCGUGAUCUUCUCCUGCCAACCUGACCAACUACCAUCAGCUCUAAGUUAUUGGGGUCUCUACGAGUGAUAUGAAGUACGCGAGAAUACGUUGGAAGCAGAUAGCGGAGAGGAGAGCCUUGUGGCAAUACCGAGCUCGUUCAGAAUGGACAAGUUGGUCGGACAUGCCAUCCAUGGAAUAAGCAACAUCCACCUGCCAACACCAUAUUACUAUGAUCCUCUAUCUGAAUACUCUACUUUUAUUUUUUAUUUUAUUUUUAAUAGGCGGAGCUCUCUUAGUAUUUUAUAAGUACCAUGUAAUUAAAUGUCCAAGUCUCAGCAGCGUAAAUAAAAAUGAAAUAGACGACAAGUCUAAUUUUAGCGACAUUAGAUUCCCCCAUAUUUUUUUUAGUCUGUCCAUGGCUGACCUUAAGAGAAAGUGAGAAAAAAUUAUAGAUGCUAUCGAAAUGUGGUGCUGGAGAAGGCUUGGCUUUGGCCCUGGCAUUGCUGACGUCUAUAGGCGACGGUAACCACUCACCAUCAGGUGGGUAGUCAGGUGCUCGUUUGCCUACAAAGGUAAUAAAAAUAAUAAUAUAUAUACACGGGGUUCAGAACGAAUCAGUCAAUUGUACAGGAACUAGGCAUCAAGCAACCUCUAUCCUCCGACAUUCAGGGCACUUCAGGGUCGCUUUCUUCGGACAAAGACCACGCGGCAGAUUGCUGUUACGAUGGACCGACCAAAUAAAGGUAGCUCUAUACAGUUUUAUCAACGAAUGCACAAGACAGACCACGGCACUAGUAAAGCCAUCUUAUAUUACUUUAAGAUGAUUUUGAAAGAAUGAAAAAGGAAGAAAGCCUUUCUGUUUUGUAUUUAGAUUUUUUAUGAUAAGGUAUUUUAAACAUCACAGAUAUUGUUCUCAACUUUCUCGUUGAUCAAAAUUCAAUAAACACCUCUGUGAGCAAGUGCAGUAGGAAAUUGGUGGAAGAAGUCUGCUCUUGACGGGUAAAAUGUGGUAGCGCAGAACUUCAAUAAAAAUUUUCAUUUUCAUUCAUGGUACACUAAUGCAAAUUAAUUGUAUUCCAAGACUAAAUUUAUAGGCAGUUUUAUUUGUUUUAGAUUCGAAUUUCGUCUAGUUCAAUUUAAGCCCAUUAUGUCAUUACUGAAUGUUCAGUAGUAUUUUUCAACAAAUUUAAGUGGAUAAGCUAUAAAAAAAAUCGAUAGAUAGCAAAAUUAAUUUUAUUUAUACGCAAUGUUAUGAGUACAUUCAGAACUUUUUUCCGUUUUGUUCAUGUAAAUUCAAAAAGUAACGAUGAUGUAUCAAGCCUACAAAAACUGUCAACUGUCAAUGUCAAAGUCAUUCAGUUAUACUAUAAAGUGAGUUUGGUGCGCACGAAAACUGCGAGAGAAACAUCAAAUAAACUCAAUAAACACGCACGCUAUUAAUAAACCUCGGACGUUAUAGCGGCCUUGUGGAGCCAUGUUUCCGCCGACGCGCUUAAGGAGUUGCCUCCCAGUCAUGAAUCAAAUGUACAAACCGCGGUUACGUCCACACAGGCCCUUCAGACAAACGAGCACAAUUCAAACAAAGAGUUUUAAUACGAACGCCAAUAAUAAAACGAAAUGGUUAAAUUUCCGCGCGAUAUUCACUAGAUGGAUGCCUCUAGGGAGUGUUAUGUACGUAGGUUGGUGUUACAUUCGCGCUAGCAUAGAUUAUGAAGUUUCAAAAGUCGAGAUUAAAUUUUACGAAAUGUUCCCCUUCCGGGUGACCAGUCGAUUGUGGGGGAAAAUGGCGGCCUGCGAAAUCCCGGUGUCCCUCCGCAGCUUCGUCUACGGCACGUACAUAAGAAUGUUCAGCGUGAACCUAAAUGAUGCAGCAGUCACCGACCUGAAAUACUACAAAAGCUUAUCAGCGUUCUUCACCAGGCCGCUCAGGGAUGGCGCGAGAUACAUAUCAGCAGCGCCCUGCGUAUCGCCCUGUGACGGAGUAGUCUUGAACUGUGGCCCAGCUGAUACCGAUAAGAUUGAACAGGUAAAAGGUGUGACAUACAGCCUUGAGGAAUUCCUCGGUGAAAACAAAUGGCUAAAAAGGAAAGAUGAGAGCUAUUACAACUCCUUACUAAAGAAUAAAGAGAAUAUAUUACAUCAGUGCAUAAUAUAUUUAGCGCCCGGGGAUUAUCACCGCUUUCAUGCUCCUUGUGAUUGGACUGCUACAUUCAGGAGACAUUUCUCAGGGAAAUUGCUCUCUGUAAAUCCUUGGUUGGCGAAACUAAUACCUGGAUUGUUCACUGUCAACGAAAGAGCUGUGUACGUCGGAGAAUGGGAGUAUGGCUUCUUCAGCAUGACAGCCGUCGGAGCGACAAAUGUGGGAUCUAUAGAAAUAUUCAAAGAUCCAGAAUUAAGAACGAACACUAAAGGUAAACGGAAUCGUGUGAACGAACUCGAAUUAGGGCAGGUAUGCAUGAGCAAAGGUGAACUCUUCGGUCAGUUCAAUAUGGGAAGUACUAUCAUACUGCUCUUUGAGGCCCCAAAGGACUUCAAAUUUGAUAUGGCUGCUGGAGAUAAAGUAUUAGUUGGACAAUCAUUAACGAAAGUAACCAGACAAAUGACGAGAUGACCUAGUUUUAUAGACUUAGUUCAUUUGGGGCAGUGUGCACUGAUUUUUAUCAUGAUAACACUAUUGCUGUGAAAUUAUUUUGAGGCUUUAUACUUGAUUGUAUCCCUGUGCUUAGUUGAUCUCUAGAAGAAAAAAAGGAUAUUAUCCAUAAAAAUAAUAAUUUUAUCACCAUAAAUCUGUUUAACAGAACUUACAUUUAGUAUAUAUGAUGAAAUAAAUGCAUUUAUUUAUGUUUGA